AUGCUCGCUAGCGCCGCCAUCGCUGUAUAUGGAUCAUUCCUUGCUUAUAUAUUCCCCUUUUGGGCAAUUCUUCUCAUGGUAUUCAUCUCGUGCUUCUGUAUGACUGCGGCUUAUAACAUCAUGAACGUGCUGAUCGUGGACUUGUACUACACGACCCCCGCUACUGCAAUGGCAGCUAAUAAUCUCGUUCGAUGCUUUUUGGGAGCAGGGACGACUGCUGCGGCCAAUCCAUUGAUCAAUGCUAUCGGGACACAGUGGACGUAUCUUGCCGUUUCCGGUGUUCUCGUGGCGGUCACUUCUCUUCUGCUUCUUGUGUACUUUAAGGGCUGGAAUUGGCGCCGGGGUCAGGCUGAGUCACUAUUACCAUCUGUAACCUGUCGAUACCCGAGUCAAGCCUGGAUUCAACCUGGAUCAACUCUCGACGUCCAAGAUACCGGUCCGCGUCCAGAAAUCGGGACUGUUGGUUUGGACUGCAAUACUCGCUACUUGAUCCUAUCUCUGGACUUGGAUGUAGUUUUCCCAGGCACUGGCAUUCAGACAGUAAUUCUCCAUUGGUACCAAUCAAAUUUCACGUUCGAUUGCAGCCGAGAUGGAAACUUAAAGGUCCUGAAACCCGGUGAAGAUGAUGGUUCCUCCCAUACUGCGCCAUAUAUUGCACCGCAGCCGCCGCCAGGAACGAACCAUCGCUACAUCUUCCUACUGUUCAACCAGCCACAAUCUUAUGGAUUCCCUGAGUGCUUUGCACAUAUUCCUCCUCAGACGAAGGAUGCACGCAGCGGUUUUGAUAUUCGGGAAUUCAUGCUUGCGGCUGGGUUGGAUCCGCCCGUGGCUAUAAACUAUUUCUAUGGUCGACGGAAACCGAGUCAUGAAAAGCAGCCAAUGCCUUCUUCGAGCGUGACGAAAACUUAUUUCAAAUCUUUGGAUUGCCAGGUUACUGCAAGUGCAAUGUAG